AUGUCCGAGGCCAACAAGUGCGUCCAUCAAGGUUGCGGCAAGGUCUACACCGACCCCGAGGAGGUCUGCCGUUACCACCCUGGACCCCCUGUUUUCCACGAAGGCCAGAAGGGAUGGAAGUGCUGCAAGCCGCGCGUGCUCACCUUCGAAGAGUUCAUGACCAUUGAGCCUUGUACCGAAGGCAAGCACAGUACCACCGAUCUUCCCCCCAAGAUCGAGAAGAACGAGGCCGAUCCAGCACUGCUCGAGUCUCUGGCCGCCACCCCUCCGCCACCGACCCGUACGCCCGUGCCUGUUGCGCAACAUGCUCCCACUCCUCCGCCGCCGGCGCCAGAAUCCGAUGAUGACGAGGAAGGAAUUGAGAUUCCGGAUGGCCGCGUGUGCAGGAGAAAGGCUUGCGGCGCGACCUACCAGAAGGGCGCCAGCCGCGAGGGCGAGAAGUGUGUACACCACCCCGGCGCUCCCAUCUUCCACGAGGGAAGCAAGGGGUACAGCUGCUGCAAGCGCCGCGUCCUUGAGUUUGACCAGUUCAUGAAGAUUGAGGGCUGCAAGACCAAGGAUCGGCAUUUGUUUGUCGGUAGCGGGAAGAAGGAGGCUGCGGCCGCAUCAGGAGGCGAGGACAUCUUGGAGACGGUCAGGACCGACUUCUACCAGACCCCUUCGUCAGUCAUCGCAUCUUUCUUCCUCAAGAAGAUCAAUAAGGACGCUGCCAAGGUUGAGUUCAAGCCCAACUCCAUUGUUCUGGAUCUGCCCACGACGGACAGCCCCGUAAAAAGGUACAAGACGGAGGUGUCGCUCUUUGGGCCCAUCGUCCCUGAGAAGUCAAGCUACAAGAUCCUCGGCACCAAGCUGGAGGUUACGUUGUGGAAGGCAGACGGCAGCUCUUGGCCGGUGCUACGGAGCGAUGACCGGCCAACAGGUGAGAUUUUGCAGGUCGGCCGAGCCGGAAGGGUGUAG